UAACGCAUAACAGCGAGUUGUAAUCCUUCCACAAGCUAACUAGGAAACAGAGAGAAGGGCGGACUAUUCCAGUCACCUGCAAGAAACCUGGAGAUGGCAGUUGGAAGUGGUGAAGCUCUUUACAUUCAAAUAGAUCGAGUGCUUCACGGUCAUAUUUCAUCAGACUCAUUAAGGUGUAGUAUUUUCAAAGUGCCUAAUCAUUUGCGAAAGAUAAAUGAAAAGGCCUAUGAACCUCAAGUGAUCUCCAUUGGCCCUUACCACCGUGGUAAAGAUCACUUGAAGGCAAUGGAAGUGCACAAAAAGCAUUAUCUAAAAAUGCUCCUUGACCGAAAUAAAGAAAAGACUCUGAAGGAAUAUGUGGAGACCUUGGAAGGUCUUAAAGAAGAAGCUCUCAAAUAUUAUUCGGAACCCUCGGAUCAGAAGGAUGGAGAAGAUCAAUUUGUAGAGAUGAUGCUCUUUGAUGGAUGCUUUGUCGUUGAACUUAUCCGUAAGAGUGCCAUGGAAGAAUUCAGAAAAGAAGAUGACUAUCUUCUUACACAUUUUAUUUUGAGAACAGUAAUGCGGGAUCUGUUGCUAAUUGAAAAUCAACUUCCUUUCUUUAUACUCAUGAAGUUGUUUGACAUGACUAAGAUGUCAAAUGAAGCAGAUCAGAACUUCAUGCAUAUGGCUAUUAAUUGCUUCUCCAGAAUAAUGCCAGGACGUUGUAGUGAAAAAAUUGAGAAUCAUCCAGGUGUCAAGCAUCUACUGGGCUUACUACAUGAUAGCUGCGUUUCACCUGAUUACGGGGGAUCUUCAGAAGAAGACAAGGGAUCAUCAGAAGAAGUAAGGUGUUUGCCCUGGGCAAUGGCUAUUGCCUGUUCAGCUAAAUCGAUCUAAAAAAUUAGUUAUAGAUGCAUAUAUAUUUAAUAAUGAAUAAAAAAAUUCAUCAUAA